AGGUUUCUUAUAUAGGCUAUAUAUAUAGUUUACUUGUUACUGCUGAGCUUAAAUGGGGAAAGUAUAUUUGAUAAGUGGAGCUGCCGGCCGGUUGGGUUCAAGAGUUGUUCGUGUGUUGUGUGAGAACAACAUUGACGAUGUGGAAAAAGUAAAACUUGUCGAUCUUCGAUUCAGUAAAACAACAAGAGAUGAACAAGAGGAAUAUUGCAAAGGUGCCGGUAUAACGGCCGAAUGGAUCGAAAAUGACGUCACGGAUUAUGAAGCAAUGGCGUCAGCUGUCAAUCAAGUUAACGUUGUGAUUCACACUGCGGCAAUUGUUGAUUACACAGGGGAAGUCCCGGAUUCGAAACUUUGGGAUACAAAUGUGAGAGGUACCGAAGUGGUUCUAAAAGCGUGCUUGGAUCAAAACGUAGAGUUCUUUGUUUACACAAGCUCUAUUGACGCCGUUGGACCAAAUUGGGACAUGGAUUCGUUCGUUAACGGUAACGAGGAUACUCCAUAUAAGUUUAAUCCUCCAAUAUACUACGCCACUACUAAAAAUGCUGCUGAAAAAAGAGUUGUUGCUGCAAAUGGUCGACCAUUGGAAAAUGGAAAGAAGUUUUUCUCUUGUGCGCUUCGACCAGGGGGAAUAUAUGGUGAGAAUGAUCCAGUGUUAGAAGCUAUAGUGUCUAGGUUAGGUAAAUCGAAAGCCAUAAGAUCCGUUUGUGAACCAACCGCACUAAAGGAAAGGCCAUACCUCGGUAAUGUUGCUUGGGGUCAUAUUGUUGCUGCGAAAAAGAUCCAGGAGAAACCGGACCUGAUUGGAGGAAACGCUUACUUUAUCGGAGACGAUACACCAAAGUUAUCUUACAGCAGACUUAAUCUUUUAUUUUGUGAACACCUUGGGUAUACGUUGGCAAAGCCGGAACCUUAUUUCUCAAUAUGGAAGUUGUAUCUCAUUGCUUAUAUCAACGUAUUCGCCAGCAAGUUUAUGUCGUGGUUCGGAAUAAAGAUUAAGGUGAUUGUGAACCCAGCUGUCAUAAGGAUAUCUAACACAAACUUUACCACCAGUUAUGAAAAACUGCGGAAACACAUUGGUUACAAACCUCUAUACAGUUGGGAACAGUCAUUGGCAGUGGCUAAGAAAGAUAUGGAACGUAUUGUUGAACCAACGUUUACCAAAGAGUCGUAAUAAUGCUCCAAAUCGAAGUAUCUUGCUGCUACAUUGGUUAACACAAGCUAUAGGCUAUGCAUGCAACCUAAAAAAUGUUCCAACGCCACUGUGCGUGUUUUUAAUUGCGUCCUAAUACAAACACGGAGAAAAUUUACAAUUCUAAGUGUACUUUUACUGGGACGCUUUGCAAACGGUUAAGCUUGCCAUUACAGUGCUCAAAUUUGCUAAUAUGCUCUAUAUAAGAAAUGAAUAAAUGAAUGUAGUUUAUUUAUCUUCGUGUGGCGGGGCAACGACAGUUCUAACACCGGUGUCCUUUUCGUGCACUCCUCGUGCCCGCUAUACAUUGUGUUGCCCGGCGCCGAUGAAGAAUAAAAAUAUGUGCAAAUUAGUUGCAUCCACCA